AUGAAAAUAUCACCGAAUGGAACCAAACAAUGGAUACCAAAUGCAAAUCCCGAAGAAACACCAUAUACAGGGCAGAAAUUUAAGACAGUAGACGAAGGCAUUGAGUUCUAUAAAGCAUAUGCAAAGGCCGUAGGAUUUGAUGUUCGUCACGGCACAAUGCGAAGGACAGAGGGGGUGAUGUGGGAAUUAAGUACAUGGAAGCUAGACAACGCCCACAAAACAUUCCUAGCAAACUGUGUAAAAGCGAAUAUAGGGCCGACGAAAGGUUUUAGAUUAUACAAAGAGAUGGUUGGAAGUUUUAGUGCUAUAGGAGCCACAUGCAUUGACUUCUGCAAUUUUAGGCGAGACAUGUUGGCAUAUAUCGCAGGAGUAGACGCCCAAAUGGUAGUGGAGGACUUGUUUAAAAAGAAGGAAAUGAAUCCAGAUUUUUACUUCGAUUUUGACCUGGACGACGGGGGAGAAUUGUGCAGGUUGUUUUGGGCUGAUGGUACUUCCCGUAAGAAUUUUGCAUGCUUUGGAGAUGUGAUGUCUUUUGACGCUACAUACAGGACAAACAAGUACAGGCUAGUGUUCGUGCCCUUCACCGGGGUGGACCACCACAAAAGAUGCAUUACAUUUGGAGCAGGACUGUUAGCGAAAGAGGACACCGACUCGUACGAGUGGCUCCUUACCAGUUUCAAAAAUGCCAUGGGGGCCACGCCGAGAUGUGCAAUAACCAACCAAGAUGCAGCGUUGAGGGUGGCAGUGCCAAAUAUCAUGCCUACGACUCGACACAGGUUUUGUAUGUGGUACAUUAUGACAAAAGUGGGGGAUAAGGCUGGGAGUGUGUUGGCACGAGACAAGGAAUUCAGGAAAGCACUAAACAGUGUAGUUUGGGAUGAAACACUGAGUGUGGAAGAAUUCGAAAACAGAUGGCUAAAGGUAAUGGAAGACUACGACCUUGUUGAAGACCGAUGGUUUGCACAAUUGUAUGAGGCACGUGCUUCGUGGAUCCCCGCAUACUUCCAGGACAUAUUCAUGGGAGGACUACUCAAAACAACAUCUCGUUCAGAGGCAGAAAACAAUUAUUUCGGGAACUUUACGAACCACCACUGCAGCCUGGUUGAAUUUUUCAUGCAAUACAACAGCGCAAUAGAAGAACAAAGAUAUAAGCAAACCAAACUAAAUGCAAAGUGCGAAGGCUCCUUCCCAGAGACAAAAACGCCUUUACACAUGGAGCAGCAAGCAGCAACAUUGUACACCAUAAACAUGUUCUACGAGUUCCAAACAGAGAUUUGGGAAGAAAAGGUGAAUGAGAUGCUGACAACGCUACAACAACUCAAAAAGGAAUUCCACAAGUCCAAACACGAAACACACCAAUCACCCUCUAACGAAUCAGCCAUAGAAGCCAUAGUGGGCUCGAGAACAACUGGAGAGAUACGCAUAAAACCACCAAAGUUUGCUAAUAACAAAGGCAGUGGAAAACGACUCAAAAGCAACAAGGAAAAGGCAAUUGAGAAGAGAAAAAAGAAAUCAAGGGCGUGUGCAACUUGUGGUGGACGAGGACAUAACAGUAGAACCUGCAUAGAAAACAAAACAGAUUUUUCUGAUUAA